CACUUUCAAAAAUCUAAACCCAACCAAAACAAUGUCCACCACCGCAGAACCACCGCCGCCGCCGCUACUAACUCACACAGAGCUAAUCUCCACGAUCACCACCUUCCUCAAAACCGUCAAUCCCGCAACAUCCACCCUCAACGUCGCCCUAACCCCCUACCUCCCCCACCUAACCCCCGACAUCUUCCACUCCAUCCUCUCCUCCUCCGCCCUCCACCGCCACCCCUCCGCCCUCCUCUCCUUCUUCAAUUGGGCCCAAUCCGCCGCCCCCCUCACCCCCCUCCCCCUCCCCCCUCUCCUCUCCCUCCUCUCCUCUCUAAUUUCCCACCACAAAUUCGCCGACGCCAAAACCCUCCUCCAAUCCCAAAUUCUCUCCGAGCACCCCCACCACCCCCUCCACCGCCACCUCCUCCACCCCUCCCGCCCCCUCCGCCCGCCCUCCGCCACCCUCCUCAACACCUGCAUCUUCGCCUACUGCCGCUCCGGCUGGCCCCACCUCGCCGCGCAACUCUUCAAAAAGAUGAAGCGCCUCAAGCUCCGCCCUAAUUUGCACACGCUCAACACAUUGCUCGACUCGCUGGUAAAGAAGGAUCUCUCCUCUCGCUCUACCCAUUUCUGUAAAGAGAUUUUUGAUGAUGCUGUGAAAUUGGGGGUUUUUCCUAGUGUUGUUACUUUCAACAUUUUGAUCAAUGGCUACUGUUCCGAGUAUAAAUUUAACGAUGCAAUUCAAUUGUUGAAGAAAAUGGAGCCUGAUUUUAGGGUUAAGCCAGAUAAUGCUAGCUAUAACACUGUUCUAGAUGCAUUGUCUAAGAAGGGGAGACUACACGAUAUGCGCGAUUUGUUGCUGGAAAUGAAGGGCAACGGGCUUUUCCCGAAUAGGAGAACGUAUAACAUCUUGGUUUAUGGAUACUGCAAGAUGGGGUGGUUGAAGGAUGCAACCCAAAUCGUUGAACUGAUGUCUCGGGAUAAUCUUCUCCCCGAUGUUUGGACGUACAACACUCUGAUCAACGGGCUGUGCAGCUCUAAGAAGAUAGGCGAGGCGUUUAGGCUCAGGGACGAGAUGGAAGGGUUGAAACUUAUGCCCGAUGUGAUCACUUACAACACGCUGAUUAAUGUGUGUUUUGAAGAGAAGAACAGUCCGAUGGCGCUGAAACUGUUGGAUGAAAUGAAGGAGAAGGGAGUGCAGCCGAAUGAGGUGACGCAUAAUAUCAUGAUCAAGUGGUAUUGUAAGGAAGGUCGGAUGAAGGAGGCUAGGGAGAUGGUUGAUCAGAUGGAAGAGGCCGGAUUUUCACCGGACUGUGUCACGUAUAAUACUUUGAUUAGCGGAUUUUGCAAGUCCGGUGAUCUGGCAGAAGCUUUUAAGAUGAUGAGUAGGAUGAGUGGGAAAGGUUUGAAGAUGGACACGGUGACCCUUAACACAGCUUUACAUAAUCUAUGCCGGGAGAGGAAGCUUCAUGAUGCAUAUGAGUUGCUGAGUGCUGCAAACAAGAGAGGUUAUAUUGUAGAUGAAGUGAGCUAUGGCACUCUUAUAGUCGGAUACUUCAAGGAAGAAAAUGCAGAGAGAGCUAUUCAGGUCUGGGAUGAAAUGAAGGAAAAGGGUAUACUUCCUAGCACCAUCACCUAUAAUUCGGUGAUUGGGGGGCUUUGCAAGGUGGGAAAGACGAAACUCGCAAUAGAGAAACUCAACGAGCUAUUGGAGAACGGACUUGUCCCUGAUGAAACGACGUACAACACUAUCAUACAUGGCUACUGUUGGGAGGGAAACGUGGAGCAAGCGUUUCAAUUUCACAAUAACAUGGUUGAAAACAAAUCAUUUAAGCCCGAUAUGUACACUUGCAACAUUCUUCUUCGGGGUCUAUGCAAGGAAGGGAUGCUCGAGAAAGCUAUCAAGCUCUUCAAUACAUGGAUUGAGAAAGGGAAAAGCCUCGAUGCUGUUACCUACAAUACAUUAAUCGCAGCCUUAUGCAAGGGCGGGCGACUUGAUGAUGCUUUGAAUCUUGUUCCCCAAAUGGAAGAAAAGAAACUGGGACCGGAUAGCUAUACUCUCAACGCCAUUGUUGGUGCUCUUAAUGAUGCUGGAAAAAUCGAAGAAGCUCAAGAACUGUUGAGAGAAAUGUCAGAGAGAUAUAAAGUAGUGGUUUUAUCAAACCAGGGCGAUGACGAACAAAAGGUGGUGGUACGUGGAGAAGCUUCAGGUGAAGCAGAUUCGAGUUCCAUAGCUUAUUCACAACAGAUUGACGAGCUAUGCGCUGAAGGAAGAUACAAAGAUGCAAUGAGUAUAUUUUUGGAACAGAACGAGAAGGGUGUCACUCUGAAUAAAUUCUCAUAUAUUUCUUUGAUGAAUGGGCUCAUCAAGAGGAGAAAGAGGAUCUUGAAGCCAGAUUCAUAAUAUGUUGCUUCACUUCCUUGGUUAAUCGUGGCGAGCAAUGCCUUAUCAGGCAAACUGAAGCUUGUGUCAGUGAGUUAGCCGAUGGGGUGGAAUCUAGCAGCACGCGAUAAUUAGAGCAGCAAUGCCCAUCAGGAUCAACGCCUUCCCACCUUCCUCCAACUUAAGGCUGAUUCAGGGGGUUGGGGGAAACUCCGGCCUCUCGGGGUAAAGAAGGAUAAGAAGAGGUUUAGCGCACCGGAUAUUUUUUGCCUCGGUUGCAUGACCGUCACCGGGAAAAAAGUGGAACUGUGAUGCUGCUGCAGGAAGUAUGAAACGUGAAAAAUGGGGAAGAAGAAUUUAAAAGGUAGAAAAAGGUUUUCCCAAUUAUAUUUUCCCUCACAAUAAUACAUUCCUUAAGAUGUUGUAACAUACUAACAUAUGUGUUUAUUAUUAUUUUUUGUUGGGCUUUA